CCACUAAAGUAAAACUCUAAAUUCAUAAAACUCUGUAUUUUAUACUUAUAUAUUGUUGUCUUCUGCAUUUUUUCAAGUUCAUCAUCUCUGAAAAAAACCAUGAAACAACAACAACAACAACAGCAUAGAUCAGAAGAUCAAUAUGAUCAUCUUCACACACUCAACAAAUCCUCCAUUUCCAAAAUCACAAAAGUUAAACCACCAUCAUCAACACCACCAACAGGUCCACCACAACCAAAGGUUUACAAGGUGAAACCCAUCCAUUUCCGGGAACUAGUUCAAAAACUCACCGGAGCACAACCACAACCUGAACAACUGUUACGAAACCCGCAAUCUCAGCCUCCGCCGCAGUCUCAGCCUCAAGCACGGCGUAGGGGUAGUAAUCUUCAGGUGGUUGCUCCACCUCCUAUGCCACUUCAUCCUCACCAACUUCAACUUCAAGACCAGAAACAAGAACAGAAACUUUUCUCGGAGAAGAUGAUGAUGCAGAAUGGUGUUGGUACAACUGAACUAAUCUUAUCCCCGAAUUUUCAGUCUUGGUUUUCUUUUGCUAUGUUGAGCCCUGGACGGCAGCUAUUGUAAUUAAUUACUGCUGUAUUUACAUAGGUUGUUUUGUUGUAAUUUUCAUUUUUUUUUACCAGAGGCAAGAAGUACUGUUUUUUAUGCCGGAAAAGUUGUUUUUUCUUCUGUUCUUUAAAUUCUUGAUUGUUUAUUAGACUAAUUAGCUUACACCAGUCAGUUACACAACUUGGAAGUUCCGAUCCUACAUCUAAAUCUUUGAUCAGAUGAAUAAAACUCGGAAUUCAAAAUGAAGGCUAUACUCUUCUUGGCCCGUUCGGUAGCUGCCUGACCGGUUAUAAACAGACGCGAAUCAAUUUAUAUGUAAAUUUGUAAGGAAAAUUAAUAUAUAUUUUCAUGGUAAUGCUAGUUCAGAUAAUUUUUUUUUUCUUCUUCGGAA